UCCGAGAAACCGUCACCCAAAAACUCCCAAUCUGGUCAAUUUAAACAUUAAGGCCCUAACGAUGCCAUCAUUGGUUUGGUCAUUAACCAAAUCACCCACCGUCCAAACCCCAAUUUCUUUUUGCUCAGAGAAGGUUUCGAAACCCACUUUUGGGAAAGCGUGUGGGGCUCUGGUUUUUACCUCGCGAAACACAGACUAGAGAGAGCAGGUUUUAUGGAUGACCUGUCCAUAGGCAUCUGAAUCUGCAAUUCUGCUUAGACCAGCGAUCACUCUGUCUCUGAUUCUCUUCCAAAGUCAUCUCUAGUGGAGCGGGGUUGUCUCACGUCUUGUCCUCGGUGGGAGAACGCUUCACAGCACUAAUGGCGGAGAAACAGUUAAUUGUUGUUGUGGAAGGUACUGCUGCCAUGGGUCCAUACUGGCACACCAUUGUCACUGAUUACCUUGAGAAGAUCAUCAGGUGCUUUUGUGGCAAUGAGUUGACAGGGCAGAAGCUUUCUGGUGCAAAUUUUGAGCUCGCUCUUGUUAUGUUUAAUGCUCAUGGACCAUUUAGUGGUUGUUUGGUACAACGGAGUGGCUGGACAACAGACAUGGAUGUUUUCUUGCAGUGGCUCUCAGCUAUACCAUUUUCUGGCGGUGGUUUCUCUGAUGCUGCUAUUAGUGAAGGGCUUUCUGAAGCUUUAACGAUGCUCUCCGUGACUCCCAAUGGAAGCCAAACACAGAAAAAUUUGGAUGCACAAAGGCAUUGCAUUCUUGUAGCGGCUAGUAAUCCCUAUCCCCUGCCCACACCAGUGUAUCUGUCAACAAUCCAAACUAUGGAUCAGAGUGAUAACAUUGAAGUGAAAACGGAAAGUUGCCUUGCUGAUGCUGAGACAGUUGCUAAAUCAUUCACUCAGUUCUCUGUCUCUCUCUCUGUCAUUUCUCCGAAACAGCUUCCAAAACUUAGAACAAUAUAUAAUGCGGGAAAGCGUAAUCCACGGGCAGCAGAUCCAUCUGCCGAUAAUAUAAAAAAUCCUCAUUUUCUUGUUCUACUGUCAGAGAGUUUCAUGGAGGCUCGUGCUGCUUUAAGUCAUCCUGGAAUAACAAGUUUAACAUCAAAUCAAAGUCCAGUAAAGAUGGAUGCAGCUUCAAUUCCCGCAGUUUCAGGGACUCCUCCAACCUCAGUCCCUUCAGUGAAUGGAUCACUGAUGAAUCGUCAACCACUUCCGGUUGGAAAUAUUCCCACUGCAACUGUAAAAGUGGAGCCAAACACUGCAAGUUCCAUGGUGCCAGGACCUGCUUUUUCACAUCUGCCCUCUGUUUCUCAAGCUGCUCCAAGCUUGCAGACUUCUUCUCCCUCAUCCACUUCUCAAGAGGUGAUUGCAAAUGGUGACAGUGUUCAGGAAUUCAAACCUAUGGUUACUGGCAUAUCGCAACCACUACGUCCUGUGGGUCCUGCUGCAGCAAAUGUGAGCAUUCUGAACAACCUUUCUCAAGCAAGACAGGUCAUGAAUUCUGCCUCUCUAACUGGUGGAAGUUCCAUGGGACUUCCAACAAUGGGAGGAAAUCCAAUGGCCAUGCAUAUGUCAAACAUGAUAUCCAGUGGAAUGACAUCAUCUGCUUUACCUGCUUCUCAAAAUGUUUUCUCAUCUGGGCAAUCGGGUAUCACAUCAAUUACUGGAUCUGGGGCAUUAAUGGGGACUGCACAAGUUGCACAGAAUGCAGCUCUUGGUUCGUUUACUUCAGCAAAUUCAAAUAUAUCUGGAAACUCAAGCCUAGCCAUUUCACAACCAUUGAAUAAUCUUCAAGGGACUGUUAGCAUGGGUCAGUCAGUGCCUGGAAUGAACCAAGGAAAUUCUUCAGGAACACAAAUGGGACAAAGUGGAAUUGGCUUGAAUCAAAAUAUAAUGAACAACAUUGGUCCAUCGGGUGUUUCAUCUGGAGCUGGCACAAUGAUUCCAACUCCUGGAAUGACUCCUCAAGUACAGAGUGGGAUGCAACCUCUUGUUGCAACGAAUAAUUCUGCAGCUAACAUGUCCUUGCCCCAACAGACCUCAGGCGCACAGCCACCACAAUCCAAAUAUAUAAAAGUAUGGGAGGGAGCACUUUCUGGACAGAGGCAAGGACAACCUGUAUUUAUCACUAAACUUGAAGGCUACAGGAAUGCAGCAGCUUCUGAGACGCUUGCAGCAGACUGGCCCAAUACAAUGCAAAUAGUUCGUCUUAUUUCUCAGGACCACAUGAAUAACAAGCAGUAUGUGGGGAAGGCAGAUUUCCUUGUCUUUCGGGCAUUGAAUCAGCAUGGAUUCCUUGGACAACUGCAAGAAAAGAAGCUUUGUGCAGUCAUCCAACUACCUUCUCAAACUUUGCUGCUUUCAGUUUCUGACAAAGCCUGCCGCUUGAUUGGAAUGCUUUUCCCUGGGGAUAUGGUGGUCUUCAAACCUCAAAUAUCUAGCCAGCAGCAGCACCAACUGCAGCAACAGCAAUUACAGCAACAACAGCAACAACUACAACAGCAGCAGCAUCAGCAGAUGCAACAACAGCAUUCACAGUUGCAACAGCAACAGCAACAGCACCCGCAGCUACAACAGCAGCAACAGCACCCGCAGCUACAACAACAGCAACAGCACCCGCAGCUACAACAGCAACAGCACCCGCAGCUACAGCAGCAGCAGCAGCAGCACCCUCAAUUGCAACAAAAGCAGCAGCAGCAGCAGCAUACACAACUACAACAACAGUCCCAGCAGCAGCAAAUGGUUGGUGCCGGAAUGGGUCAAGCAUAUAUUCAAGGUCCAAGCAGGUCACAAUUGUUGUCCCAGGGACAGGUACCAUCCCAAGGUCCUACAAACAUGCCUGGUGGAGGGUUUUUGAGUUAAUGGAGUUGAUUUGCUGUUGAAAACUCAGUCAAUGGUUGAUAGGGAAACCGGAAGUUCCUAAGAAGCAGUGGCCUCUCUUUUGGCCAUUUCCUUGAGAAAAAAAAAAACCCCCAGAAGUUCCUGAGAUGCAGUGAGUGGCCUUUCUUGGCCAUUUCCUUAAACAUUACUGUUUCUUAAUAUCUAUGACAUCAGAGGGGGGCAUAAAUAAAAAAGAAAUAGAAUCUUAAUAUCUAGCUUAAUCUGUAGGUUUGAUAGAAGUUGUCUUAUUUGCCAUCCUUCCAACCUGUGUAUAGCUUUUAUAAAUUAUUGAGAUAAAGUCGGGGAUGGAGAUAUUUAAAAUGUCUUACAUUGAACAUUCUAAAGAAAUUAUAUAAAAACAUAUAGGAAGUGAUGUUGCUGCA